AUGGGAAGGGAGUGGUGCCGGAGCCGAUCCCUGGGGAAGGCGAAGGAGAGAAGAGCAGUGGAGAAGCCACCUGGGUGCAUGAAAGGGAUCCUGCAUCUUCUGCAUUUCCGCCGGUCCCUACUCUUCUCAUCCCUUAACCUCCAUCACCUUGACGAUCGACGCACCGGUGGAAUAGAGAGGGACUCAUCGCCAAACGGUGAGCAGGCCUUCGCCACCCUUCUCUCAUCGUCGUCUUCCUCAUUCGCCAUUGACGGCUAUUGGCCCUUCUCUCUCUGCUGACCCCCCCUAUGAACUGUUUCAGGCAUCAGAGGCGUCCAUGGGAUCUACCAGUCCUUCGCAUCCCUCCUCUCUGAAUCAAGAGAUGAUAAUCCGGUGAGUACAGAUCUCCAGAGAAGAAGAAGAAGAAGAGCAACGAAAUCUGAUCUAAUAUCUUUUGACUCACCUGUUUUUAUGUAGACUCACUCGGGAAAAGGAUCUAAAAGCCACCUCUCGCAGGAGAAGAACGACGAAAGCCAGAAGGAGAAGGUUAUCCCCUCCGACGACAGUACGGACCAGCAAGCGGAGACCCCCAGGACGUCCAACGUCGUCGCCUGUCUCAUGGGACUCGAAGCGCUGCCCCUUACUUCACCGGCGCCGGUUCCGUCUCUGCGGCCAUCCUCCCUCCACAACCAGAAAGAGAACGACGGCGAGGACAGGCGGCGGCGAGGGAAAGUCACCAACCCAGCGCCGCCGCAGACCAGACGGAAACCCCUAACUGUGAGGAGCACCAACAUCCCUGACCUAAAGAGCUCCAAGUCUUUGCCGGAAACGCCGAGGAUAUCGACUUCUGGUAGGAGGAGGUCCUGCGAUGGAGAGACCCCGCGGUUCUCCCUGCAGCUCCAUAGGGUGGCCAUGGAGGAAUUCGACUGCCUCUGUGAAGUAGUCCACGAGGGCUCUCUGAUCUCUGUUCCUCGAACGCGUUCUUCUUCUUCUUCCUCCCAGGGUAAACGUGCCCUGCGGCCGCGGCUUCACGGAGAAAAUAAAAGUGUAG